UGACAGCAAAGACGAGGACUUCCCGCUGUGUCAAUGCAGGUCUGCCUGUGAGGCUGGUGGACGGAGCCGACCAGUGCCAGGGCCGGGUGGAGGUCCUGUACCAAGGCUACUGGGGCACCGUGUGUGACGACAGCUGGGACAGCCAGGAUGCAGAUGUCGUCUGCCGACAGCUUGGCUGUGGCCAUUCCGUGUCUGCCCUUGGAGGGGCUCACUUUGGUCAGGGCUCAGGGAACAUUCUCUUGGGUGCUGUGGACUGCUCCGGACAGGAGCCCAAUUUGUCAAGUUGCCCUCAUGAUGGGUGGUACAACCACGACUGUGGCCACAGGGAAGAUGCCGGAGUCGUGUGUUCAGGUUACCCAUCUGGUUUGGCCCUGAGGCUGGUGAAUGGAGGACAUCGGUGCCAAGGUCGAGUGGAGGUCUUGUACCAGGGCUCCUGGGGCACCGUGUGUGAUGACAGCUGGGACAUCAACGAUGGCAACGUGGUCUGCAGGCAGCUGGGCUGUGGCUAUGCUAUAUCUGCCCCUGGAAACGCCCGCUUCGGCCAGGGAACAGGAUCUAUUGUGCUGGACGACGUGUCCUGCACAGGACAGGAGUCGUACCUGUGGAGCUGCCAACACAAUGGCUGGCUCAUCCACAACUGCGGACACGGGGAGGAUGCAGGUGUCAUCUGCUCAGAUGCUUUGGCCACAACUGCAACUAUUCCAACAACGUGGCCUUCCACGGCCCCAGAUUUUACCACAACAGAGACUUAUUUGGCCCUGAGGCUGGUGAAUGGAGAGGACCAGUGCCAAGGUCGUGUGGAGGUCCUGUACCAGGGCUCCUGGGGCACCGUGUGUGAUGACAGCUGGGACAUCAACGAUGGCAACGUGGUCUGCAGGCAGCUGGGCUGUGGCUAUGCUGUGUCUGCCCCUGGAAACGCCCGUUUUGGCCAGGGCACAGGACCAAUUGUGCUGGAUGACGUGUCCUGCUCAGGGCAGGAGUCGUACCUAUGGGACUGCAAACACCGUGGCUGGCUGUCCCACAACUGCGGACAUGGGGAAGACGCAGGUGUUGUCUGCUCAGUGGACAUAUCAAGUGUGGAAGUGAGAGUCGUGAGUGGAUGUGAGUGGGUUCAGGGCCCAGGGCAGGUCCUGCAUCAGGGCCCCUGUACUCCUUUGGCCCUGAGGCUGGUGAAUGGAGGGGACCAGUGCCAAGGUCGUGUGGAGGUCCUGUACCAGGGCUCCUGGGGCACCGUGUGUGAUGACAGCUGGGACAUCUAUGAUGGCAACGUGGUCUGCAGGCAGCUGGGCUGUGGCUAUGCUAUGUCUGCCCCUGGAAAUGCCCGCUUCGGCCAGGGCACAGGACCAAUUGUGCUGGAUGAUGUGUCCUGCUCAGGGCAGGAGUCGUACCUAUGGGACUGCGGGCACAAUGGCUGGCUCAACCACAACUGCGGACACGGGGAGGAUGCAGGUGUUAUCUGCUCAGAGACUGAUUUGGCCCUGAGGCUGGUGAAUGGAGGGGACCAGUGCCAAGGUCGUGUGGAGGUCCUGUACCAGGGCUCCUGGGGCACCGUGUGUGAUGACAGCUGGGACAUCUAUGAUGGCAACGUGGUCUGCAGGCAGCUGGGCUGUGGCUAUGCUAUGUCUGCCCCUGGAAAUGCCCGCUUCGGCCAGGGCACAGGACCAAUUGUGCUGGAUGACGUGUCCUGCUCAGGGCAGGAGUCGUACCUAUGGGACUGCGGGCACAAUGGCUGGCUCAUCCACAACUGCGGACACGGGGAGGAUGCAGGUGUUAUCUGCUCAGGUCCCCCAACCACGACAACAUCUGCACCAAUGGACAUAUCAAGUGUGGAAGUGAGAGUCGUGAGUGGAUGUGAGUGGGUUCAGGGCCCAGGGCAGGUCCUGCAUCAGGGCCCCUGUACUCCUUUGGCCCUGAGGCUGGUGAAUGGAGGGGACCAGUGCCAAGGUCGUGUGGAGGUCCUGUACCAGGGCUCCUGGGGCACCGUGUGUGAUGACAGCUGGGACAUCAACGAUGGCAACGUGGUCUGCAGGCAGCUGGGCUGUGGCUAUGCUAUAUCUGCCCCUGGAAAUGCCCGCUUCGGCCAGGGCACAGGACCAAUUGUGCUGGAUGAUGUGUCCUGCUCAGGGCAGGAGUCGUACCUAUGGGAUUGUGGGCACCGUGGCUGGCUGUCCCACAACUGCGGACACGGGGAGGAUGCAGGUGUUAUCUGCUCAGUACCAGCUUUGUCCCAGCCUCCUUAUUGGUGGGGAAUGAGCAGUACCUAUGUAGGUUAUUCCUGUGGAGGCCUCCUGUCCCAAUCCUCAGGGCGCUUUUCCAGCCCCUUCUAUCCUGCGAACUAUCCAAACAAUGCUAGAUGUGUGUGGGAUAUUGAGGUUCCAAACAACUACCAAGUGACUGUGACCUUCAGCGAUGUCCAGCUGGAAAGUGGCUGUAGGCAUGAUUACAUCGAAGUCUUUGAUGGCCCCCACCGCAGUUCCCCUCUCAUCGCUCGUGUCUGCGACGGGGUCCGGGGCUCCUUCACCUCAUCCUCAAACUUCCUGUCCAUUCGUUUCAUCAGCGAUGGCAGUGUCACCAGGAGAGGGUUCCAGGUGGAGUUUUACUCCACCCGCUCUAAUGAAAGCACCAGCCUGCUUUGUCUGAACAAUCACAUGCAAGCCAGCGUGAGCAUAUCCUACCUCCAAUCCCUGGGUUACUCUGCCUGGGACCUUAACAUAGCUGCCCAGAACGUGAGCUACCAGUGUCGGCGUGAGAUCACGGCAAGCCAGGUCAUCUUCACGAUUCCCUACACUGGUUGUGGCACCAUCAAGCAGGUGGACAACGACACCAUCAUCUACUCCAACUUCCUCAGUGCAGUUGUUUCCAGUGGGAUCAUCAAGAGGAAGAAGGACCUGCACAUCCACAUGAGCUGCAAGAUGCUGCAGGACACCUGGGUGAACAGCAUGUACAUCACCAAUGACACCGUCGAGCUCCAGGAGAUCCAGUAUGGCAACUUCAACAUGAACGUCUCCUUCUACACGUCCUCCUCCUUCCAGUACCCCGUGAACAGUCACCCCUACUAUGUGGACCUGGACCAGAAUCUCUACCUGCAGGCGCAAGUCAUCCAUCCGGAUGCCUCCCUGUCCUUAUUUGUGGACACAUGUGAGGCAUCACCAACCUACAACUUCUCAUCCGUGACGUACGACCUAAUCCGGAGUGGGUGCGUGAGGGAUGAAACCUACCAAACCUACUCUGUGCCGUCACCCCACAUCGUGCGCUUCAGGUUCCGUUCCUUCCACUUCCUGAACCGCUUCCCGUCUGUUUACCUGCGCUGUAAGAUGGUGGUAUGCAGGGCCUACGACUACUCCUCACGGUGCUACCAGGGCUGCGUGGUACGAUCCAAAAGAGCUGUGAGUUCUUACCAGGAAAAGGUCGACAUCGUCCUGGGACCCAUCCAGCUGCUGGAGCCUCAAGCCGCCAGGAAGAAGGGCCUGGAGUAGGGGGGUGCCCAGAGACCCUGCCUCUUUCUGUCAUUCCAUCCAAUCACAGAGCACCUGCUGUGUGCCAGCCUACACCAAUUGGAUU